AUGGACCCAGACAUCGAAGCAGCUCUCGCGUCGUUGCCAAUUCCAAACCUUGACGACAUUGAUUUCGACGCAUUGCCUGAGUCUUCCACAGAGCUGAAGCCUCUGUCUCCAUUAUUGCAAAGUUGCAUUCGCCGCCUCGAACACGCUGCACGCCAGGGAGAUCUGGUUAGCAUUCAGGAGCUUAUUGCGACAGUCGGGACUUUAGGCCAUGGCAACUCUAUUCGCGCUGGCCGCAGUCUGACCCUAGCGAUUGAGAACUCCUACUAUGAGGUAGUGGAGUAUCUAGUAGCUGCGGGCGUAGAGAUCUCAUUCUGGGAUAUCCAAAAGGCGAUUGAAGAAGCAAAGGCCUCGAGAAAUGUUAGAAGCCUCCAGCUAUUGUUUGAGAGGUGGGAUAUAAACAGGGAAUUCGGGUGGAGUGAUCCCCCAGCACUUGCGUACGAUCCACCGUCCUCGCUUCUUUCCCCCGCUUCCGUCUUCCUAUACUAA